AAAAACUAUCGAUAGUAAAAAAAAAACAAAACCAUCAAUAGUAUCGAUAGUUUGCCACCACUGAAAUGAGGUAUCUAUUUCGGACCACUGAAAUAUUAGAUUCGAUAUAGAAGCCCAAAGGGCCCUGUCUCACGAUCAAUAUGGAUCGCGAUCCAGUAUCGUGAUCCAUAUUGAUGCAUGAUGCUCCACUCUCUGCUAUGCUACACCUUCAAUAUUUAUCGCGUCAUUAUUUUCAAACUUUUGAACUGUGCAAGUCGUUUUUAAAUAAGAAAAAUACAAGAAAAUUCAAAAAGAGCGUGUUUAGCCAUAUUACUGGCAUUUUCAUUAAAAAAAAAGAAACAAAGAGGAAGUAUUGGAGUCGAAGAUGGUACCUGGAGCGGCAUAGGUACACUCAUUUGAGAUUAUUGGAUUCGAUUCGACUUUGCAAGGAAUUAAGCGACUACGAAAAUUACUUUCGGAUCUCCACUGAAAGUUUCGACCAUAUUCUUGAAUUAAUCAGCCCAUAUAUAACUAAACAAGAUACAGUUAUGAGAGCUGCAAUUUCGCCAAAAGAAAAACUGGCGGUGACUUUGCAUUAUUUAGCAACAGGAAGCUACUUUAAGCAGGUGCGGUAUACAGCGAUUAUGUCGCGGCAAGCAAUAAGCGAAGCGAUCAUGGAUUCAUGUGAAGCUUUGAUAUACGCUCUUCGAAACUGCAUUAAAAUGCCUAGUACAGCAGAAGAGUGGAGAAGUGUUUCUGAUGAAUUUCGUGUAUUACAUAAUUUUUAUAACUGCAUCGGCGCAGUUGAUGGGAAACACGUAAAAAUAAAGCGUCCAAAUGGUUCGGGAGCGCUAUAUUAUAACUAUAAAGGAACAUACAGUAUCGUUCUUAUGGCUAUUGCGAAUGCUAAAAAGGAAUUUGUCAUGGUUGAUAUUGGAUGCAAUGGACGCGUGUCUGAUGGUGGUGUCUUGUUUUACACUAAAUUCUCGGAGCGUUUGCAACAAAAUCGUUUAAAUAUACCGGAAUGGACACCAUUGCCAAACACCUCGGAAUCAUUCCCACAUGUUUUUAUAGGAGACGAAGCUUUCGCGCUAGGCCCUAACAUUAUGAAGCCUUAUCCUCAAAAAAGAGUAUCACAAGAAGAGCAAUUGUUUAAUAAACGGUUAUCGAAGGCUAGAUGUGUCAUUGAGUGUGCGUUUGGUAUCCUCGCCAAUAAAUUUGGAGUUUUCCAGAAAGCCAUAAGUCUCAGCCCGCAGAAAGAUUCUAAUUAUCAGGCACCAAAUUCCAAUGAGUAUAAUUUUCAAUUAACCACCGUACAAAGCAGUUCGGCGCGAAAUUCAACAAGAUGUGCCAAAACUAUAAGAGACAAAUUUUGCAAAUAUUACAAUGACGAAUAUAGAUGCUAACUUUCGCCACUCAAUUUUUAUCACUUAUGUAUAUGAAAAAAAAGAAUAAUAAAAGUUUUCACUUAAAACAACAGACAAUCUACAUACUACUUUCUUUUCUUUCCACCUUUAUAGCUAGGUAUUCACUAGAGUAUGAGUUGAA